UUUUAACACAUUUAUUGAUCAUAGUUUCAGUAAACAGUAGACACAUUAGGUGCUUUCAUUCAUUGCAGGUUUGUUUUUAAACAUGAGAGUUAUUGAAAAUUCAGAACUCGUGAUUGCAGAAAUACAAACGUCUAUGGUCCCUUGUAACUCAGUUGUGGUGGACUUUUUUUUUUUUGUCAUCUGUUAUGAUCUUUUUAACACAGGUAUAUUAAUAUAGGGUUUAUGCAGACUUUUGAAAGUCAGGAAAUAUUUUUGAGAAAUAGGGAAACCCUUAAGAUAAUCUAAAAAAAAUAUUUGAGAGCAGCACAGUCAGCAGGUUUCACAAAUGAAAAAUCUAUCAUCCUGUUAAACGCUUUAAUCAAAGUAAACUCAGUCACAAAGUUAACAAUAUAAGACACAUGCUAUUGACUGGUAAGAAGUCGUACUUUUGGGUAUAAAAGUAUGUUGAAUUGUUUUAACGUACACUCUUAGUAUAAAUCUAAUUAUAAAGACAAUUAUUAUUGCAUAAUUAUUAUAUCUAACGUGCGCAAGUACAAAAAUCGAUCACUUACUUUUACCCUGAUUCUUAAACCUUAUUUCCUGCACGCUGUUUAUUUAUGUGUAUUGAUAGAAACCCUUGAUUUGUUUUAUUUCACAAUUAUUUUUGGUAGGAAAGCGGGGUGCGUCAAUAUGUUCGCAACAGUGUGUCUCGAUGUGUGUGCGGGAGCGCACCGUCCUUUGUGUGCAUGUGCAUCUGUUUACAGGGCUAGUUGCUGGCUCAAGCGGUUGUUUCUCCACAGCGUGUUCACACUUUUAACAUGUACACUGGCAGCAUCUGGCACUACGCCAUGACUUGAGGCCUGUCCAUCCCAUAAUGGACGUUAAUUCCUUGUUCCUCAAAAUUUACGUUAUUAUGAUUCACAUAAAAUAAAUUUGUUUGGAAAAAACUCCUACAUAUAUUGAAUUUCCAGUCUUUCCAGCAUGAGGCUGUCUAGGCCGGGCAAGACCAAAUGAUCUGGCAGGCCUUGUGUCGAAGUCCACGCCAUGCUCCCCUCCGGUCCGCCCAGCAAGGGACAUCACUCUAGCAUAGGACACAAUGACAAACCGACAAAAACACCGAGUGAUUAAGCGAACGUGUUUUUAUUAUUAGUGUGUUUUUCACCAUUUCACUUCCUUUUGGCCUAUUAUUGUAUAGCGACCUCAUUGUGACGUUUUGAUUGAGAUACAGAGCCAAGAUAUUUACCUCUGUUACUGCUAGAGGAAAUGCCGUCUGCUUGAAACUUAGCUAAACCAUGGUGGAUUUCUUGUCAUCUACGAAGGGAAACAUACUCUUAAUACAAAUCAAUCAACAGGAAAUUCAACAUAAGGACAGUGUGAGUGUGUACGCACGUGUCUUUAAAAGAAACUUCUUGCACAUCCAGAAAAGAACUACCUUGCGGAAAUAUGACCGAAGCCCGUUACCUGCUGACCAGAAACAGGUAUUCCAGUAUAUAUGCAGGGCCGCCGAGAUCCAGCAGGGGCACCGGGGCAGACGACUUCUUCGGACCCCAUAGACUUCACUAUGACCCUGUCCUGACCUGGUGUAUAAGUAGACCAUGUAGUGAUGAUGAGUCUUAUGAAAAAGUGGAUGUAAUGCCAACUGUUCUACAACCUCCAAAUGUUGAUGUGGAAGGCUAUGUAUCAGUCAGCAACCGCACAAGUCCACUAAGUCCAGAACAGUUUCAUAAAUUAUUUGACAGUGAUGGGCGUUUAGUAGAUGAGAAUCAGCUGAGAAAAUCAGUCUUCUUAGGUGGAGUUCAACCUAAAAUUAGAAAGGAAGUGUGGAAAUUCCUGUUUGGACUAUAUCCCUGCAAUUCUACAGCAAGAGAAAGAGAGGCUACUCUGCUUGACAACAUCGUCAAAUAUCAUGAAUUGAAAGCAAGAUGGAAAAUAUUACUGGUGCUUAGUUCACAACCUGGUCAAACUCCACUACAGCAGGGCAUUGUAGCGCGGUAUCAGCUUCCCGAGGAAAAUCCAGUGCUAAAUCCUGAUGUCGGACUGUCAGAACCAGUGAUGGAGCAGGCAAUGGAUGCCCUCAAUAGUAAAGCUGCUGUCCUUCAAAGUGGGUCAAUUGAUCUCACUUCUCUUGGUCAUGCUGACUUGGCUUAUGAGUACAGUGCUCCUGAAAUGCAACAACGGAUAGAGUUUGUUCAGCUACAAGCUAGGGUUUUUGUUAACAAAAAGAGGAUUGAUAUUAAUAAAUUGAGAUCAUCUAUACGAGUCAUCGACAAAGAUGUUCCACGAACAGACCGCGAUGUAGACUUCUUUAAGGGCCAUGCAAACCCACACCUGACCCAGCUGCGAGAUAUUCUCAUUACUUUUGCUGCUUAUAACCAGCUGGAAUAUGCUCAAGGAAUGAAUGAUGUUCUGUCAAGAUUCUUGUAUGUGUUGGGCUCUGAGGCAGAGACAUACUGGUGUUUCCAAAAGUAUAUGGAGAAGGUGGAGAAUGACUUCAUGGAGGAAGGCAUGGUGCACAAAAUAGAUCUGGUGCGUAUGUUGCUGAAAGAAACAGACUUACCACUGUUGAAACACUUAGAGGGUCAUGACAUGGGCAACUUAUUCUUCUGCCACAGAUGGCUUCUUUUGGGUUUCAAGCGAGAGUUUUCUUUCUUGGACUCUCUGCGAUGCUUUGAGAUUUUGAGCAGCCAUCAUCUGGAGCUGGGUAGCUUAGUGGCUGAAAGAGUGCUGAUGAUGGAGGAGAUGAAUGAAUUUGCAAACACAGGUGGUGAUGCUCGUUCUACCAAUAUGGUAACCCAGAAAGAGUACACCUUUGAAGUCUUCAUGUGUGUAGCCAUUUUAAUGGAGUGUAGAGAGGAGCUCGUCAAGUGCACAGAUAAUGGAAUGGUGUUUGGCUUCAUCAAUAACCUCAAGUUGGACCUUGAUGAUGUGCUGACAAAAGCAGAGAAGUUGUUCUUCACAUAUUGCAAAAAGACUGUCAGUGAGAGCUUCCAAUUAAUUGAUUCUCAGAAUGCCUCUAGUCGCCAUCUGUCUUCUCAUAUGUCUUUUUUUACAAAGACUUCUUGACUACUAAUUGAAUGGAACAUUUAAAACUCAUUAUUUAAAAUUCCAUGAGGAGUGUGCCAUUCUUAAGAGUUGUGCUAUAUAAUUGUUUUAUCUAACAGGAGACAAAACAGAAGAUUUUUAAACUACCAGAUGUUAAUAUAUAGUGCCAUAAGGCAGCUUAUAAUCAUCAACACUUUACACAAAGCUUUGCCGUGAAGAUUAUUUGGGAAUGAUACAUUUUUUUUCCUCAUGGUCUCUGCAUAGCAAUUCCUGGUGUGAGCUGCUGAUGACUAAAAGAUGCACAUAGCAAAAAAGCUUCCAAAGGUGAAGCAAUUUUUUUUUAUUGUUGACAUACCAACAUUUUGGAUGUUUCUAUGUUCAUACUUCAAGUUGAGGUGCUUUAUUGAAUUUUCAUUUGUGAAUGAUAUUUUUCUGUGAUAGACCACAGCUGUAUUCAUAUAUUUUUAUGUCAUCAAGAUUUAUUUUCCAUUUACAUAUUCUAAUUAGUCCAAAUUUUCAUUGCUCUUCUUGCACCACAAGAAUUUAUCAGCACAAUAAAAGAGAUAAAUAGUCUUGUA